GAGAGGGUCCCAGAGGCCCCGCCCCCUGAGGGAGGGACGUGUGCCCGGCUCGGGGUGCUGGCGGCGCAGACCCCUCCUUCCCCUGCCGUUGGGCCGGUCCGGCUCUCCCUGCCGCGGAAUGGGAAUGGGCCGGCCCGGGGAUGCGCGGGCAGGAGGGGUCCAAGAUGGCUGAACUGCAAGUGGACUCGACGGUGGGAGGGGGCGGCCUCGGGGACGGCCGCGGCCCGGCCAGCGCCAGCCCCCGCAGCUCCUCCUCCUCCAUCGCUGCCGCCGCCACGGCCUCCUCUCGCGGCCACGGCCGCCCACCAGCCGCCGCCACGGCCUCCGCUCUGUCGUUACCGCCGCAGCCGCCGCCGCAACCAGGGCCGGGGCCGCCGGAGCGGACUGGGGGCGCGGGGCGCUGGGUCCGACUCAAUGUAGGAGGCACCUACUUCGUGACCACUAGGCAGACGUUGGGUCGGGAGCCCAAGUCCUUCCUGUGCCGUCUUUGCUGCCAGGAGGACCCGGAGCUGGACUCGGACAAGGAUGAGACAGGAGCCUAUCUGAUUGACAGAGAUCCAACAUACUUCGGUCCUAUCCUAAACUACCUCCGCCAUGGGAAACUCAUCAUUAAUAAGGAAUUGGCAGAAGAAGGUGUGUUGGAAGAAGCGGAAUUUUACAACAUUGCAUCUCUUGUGCGACUGGUUAAGGAAAGGAUACGGGACAAUGAGAACAUAACCUCACAAGGUCCUGUGAAGCAUGUAUACAGAGUACUGCAGUGCCAAGAAGAAGAACUUACACAGAUGGUUUCCACUAUGUCUGAUGGUUGGAAAUUUGAGCAGCUAAUAAAUAUUGGAUCUUCCUAUAGCUAUGGAAAUGAGGAUCAGACAGAAUUCCUCUGCGUUGUCUCCAGGGAGCUAAAUAACUCUACUAAUGGUAUUGUCAUAGAGCCUAGUGAGAAGGCAAAGAUUCUUCAGGAACGAGGCUCUCGGAUGUGAACUAAGUAUCUGGAUCCACUGAAGUCCUAAACAUCAAAAGGGCAGUCCAGCAGAGCAUCUCUCCAAAGUUCAACGUUGCUCUUGUACAGUAUCCAUGCUAAGGCAAGGCAAAGCUGAACCUGGCCCACCAGUGGAGAAUCAUUCUGGUCGAAACCAAAGGAUUUUCCCCUCAGCCUAGGAAAUUAAAAAAAAAAAAACAGAUGAGACUCCUACCUAAAGAGUUCUUUUUCAGACACCUGCGUUUGUUUUGUUAGCCAGGGCUGUAACCGAUCUUUACAACAGGUGUGCCAGGUUCCUAAUUGGAGCCUUUACCAGGAUCUAGUGGAAAGGGAGGAGGAGACCUAUUUAGCCAACCUCUGCUCCAUAAAUGACUGGAUCAGGUGAAAAACAGGAUUCCUACUUGGGCUGUACCAUGUUCUCACUCCAAGAUUUACUGAGUUGGAAAUUUGCAGCUACUCAGCAUCCUUCUCUCCUUCCUCUCCCCCCAUUUCUUCAAACAGGUACGGCAUAUACAAAGAAAUCUAGCACAGAUUAACAACAGAAAAACUUUUAUUUUUAAAGGAAAGGUGAUUUUUGACUCUGAAACAUUUCAUCUUUGCUUUAUAUGUCAGUUUCCUAGUUUUGGAAUUGGGGUCUAAAUAAAUUAGAGGAGAGCCUUGUGUCUUUGUUGAACUCAGGCGCUGGGAUUAAAAGAUUAACUUGCUCACAUUGUGUCACAUCACUUAAACCUGCCAUUUUUCCACAGGAGUUAGGAAUAGAACCAUCUUUCAGUAAGGGGUGGACUGUGGCUCCUUUUCCUCCAUGUCCCACAGAAUCCCAAGCAAUCUGGCCGAUUUGAUUGGGGUUAAAGUAUGCUUGCUAGCACUUCUCUGGGGUUCUUUGUGCUACCCUGUUCAGCUUUGCCUUGCUUGCCUCUAAUGGCAAGGAUGCUCCUAAGGCCUCUACUGUGUCCCCUACACUUGUUGCAGAAGGUGUGAGGCUGACUUUUGUUCUGUACUCUUAUCUAUCCAACAGGUAGGCUACUUAACCAGCAGAUAAAUGAAAGUUUCUAUUUGAUUAUUUCAGCUGCCUCUGCAGCCUCCCUCCACCCUGUUGGUCCUGUCUCCCUCUGCCAGCCUGUGAGCUUCCUGGCAGUAGCCAGGGCAAGACUUGAGGGAGGUGGGGAAGUUGCCAAAAUUGUUGUGAUGUUGCCAUGUAUUGUAGCAAAGUAUUGUUGACUCCUGUGACUGUCUUUUUGGGAAUGCCUUGAUUGAAAGUGCAAUGUUUGUAUAUGCCUCUCUUGGAUUUCUAAUUUUUAGCCAAUAGGACUCAUGGAUGCUUCAGUGAUUCUGUACCAUACUAGUGUUUGUACUUACUUGGAUGGAAGUUUCCGAGGUCUUGCACUUCUCCUAUGCUUCCCUUUGUCACCCCUCUCCCUAGAGUGUCCUGUUGUGUAAUCCCAAACUACUUGUUUGGCCAGGGUGGAGAAUCAUACUAAAGUCCUCUGUUAAGCAGUGAACAAAGGAACUGCGCCUGGGACUCUGUUUCUGGCAUUUUCGGUUCCUGUCUUUGAGAAUACAAGGGGCCCAGUGUCCCUUCCUUUAUUCCUGAUGAUGUGCAGUGUUGUGGUGUUAUACUAAAGAUGUCAAAGUUCCCCUGGGAAGCAGAAACUGGUAUUGGAAUUCUGACUGAGUUGAGGGGUUUGGGGAGCACUUUCAGACCUGGGUUACUCUGUGCUGCUUAACUAUUAUGUUCAUUAGAUAAAAGUUCUUUCUGUGGGACCAGGGCAAGUCUGGACUGGCAAUUUUUUGAAACUGCCCACUGCCAAUUGCCUUUUGAAUUUUGUGAUGGGCCAAUGCUUCUUAGAUGGCCUGACUGUCAGAUUAUGAAGUCUGGUAAUGUCUUGUGUCCCUUAUUCUUUGGUAUGAUUUGAUAGCUUGUAUUUGACCGAGCUUCAGUAAUACAUGGGGUAUGUGUAUAGGUGUAUGUAUAUAAAACCUGUAUUGGUAUAUAAAACCUGUAUUGGUAAUGUGAAUCUUCAGCCUGUAUCCAGUACCUUUUCACAGCAAAGAACCAUAUAAAGACGUGUAAGAGAGCUGAAAACAGCCCCAUGAGGCUAUCUCUUGCAGAGAGAAAGUUCUUAGUAAAGAAAAGAACACAAUGUAAAGGUAACGGAAAGGGCUGCUGUGUCAAGAGAGAUCUGGGUGGGUGAAGAAAACAUGCAGCUCAACCUCUUAACUGCAGAUAGGAGCCAUGUCAUCAAAGAAAGAAGGCUUCGUUUGGGGUCCUCUGCCUAAAUUCUGUAUCUUGUUUGGGGAUUCAACUCCCCUGUUUGCCUUAUGGAAUCAGAUCAAUUGAGGCAUCUCUGAUAAUCAAUAUCUGGUUAUAAAGACAGUGGUUGUGGGUUAAUCCUAAACCCAGAACCUAAGCCUAGGUAUCUAGAAGCCCCAAACACAGAUUUCAGAUGGAAAGAGGAGUGACUAGGUGAGUGUCUGAGCUGACACCUAAAAGGUAAAUAAACUAAAAUUUGGGCAAGUAUCCUGUGAGAUGCCUUUAGAGCUGCCAGUGUUUCCUUUAAAGAUAAUCAAGAAAUACCAAGCAUCUACUAUGGGGCGAGACGAGUAGUAUAUGAGGUCCCUGCCCUCAGAGCUCUUCUUAUAAGCUAUUUGGUAUUUAACAAAUUACUCCACUGCAUCCCAAUGCCAUUAAAAAAACUAAGUUUCCAGCAGUUUUAGAAAUCCAAUCCCCUUUCAAAUUUUGGAAUUAAUGCAACAGAUGAUUCAAUUGGUUUGGUUUCUAUAGCUCAAGCCACCUUAUAGAAGGCCCUGUCUGAACCAAGAUAAUGGGCUCAAAAAGCUUUGUCGCACAAGGAAAGCUAGCCUGAUCCCUGUAGGGUUUACCCAUCAGCGUGGUCCAGUAUCUUGUUAUUCAGUCUUGUCCAUUGUAUUCAGCACAGCCACGUUGAAAGAUGCGCCCCUUCUGCCUUUUUAUUCCCCUCUUAGCAACCACCUGCUCUUGAGAUUGUCGGGUGAAUGCCGAGAAAGGGCCAGCAUCUCCCUAAGGAGGUGCCCUGCGCCCUAUGUGGAAGCAGGUCCUUUCUGUCAAGUUCCCAGAGGCCUAAUCUGUUUCCUGGCAGUGAGAUGGGAGGGAGGGUGUGGAAAGGCCCAACCUCCCCUAACGUGUCUUUGUUUCUGCACAUUUCUCACUGAUCUCAGGGGUGACACUGAGGUGCUGGGGAGGAGGGGCCAGAAACGAGAGAAGAGGGCAGCACCCCAGCAGGGACAGGACUCCCAUGCCCUCAGUGUUGCCUGUAAUUCAGAUGUGCGAUACUGUAUCUGUCACUUGUUGGUGCCCUUUGCUACUGUUAGUGUUUGGAUAACAUUUGAAAUGCUGUGAUUUUUUUUUUUCGUCAAUAGACAGUAAAAUAAAUU